CUGAAAAGAGAGGGUAGUCUCUGUAAUUUUCUCAUCCUCUUCGAUUUGUUUACUUGCUGCUAGUGAGAGAGAGACAGACUAUGGAGAGAAGUACGCCGGUGAGAAAGCCGCACACAUCCACCGCAGAUCUACUUACUUGGUCGGAGGUUCCACCGCCGGAUUCUCCUUCAUCCGCUUCUCGCUCCGCCGUUCGUUCCCACCAGCCAUCGGAUGGGAUUAGUAAAGUGGUGUUUGGAGGUCAAGUGACCGAUGAAGAAGUUGAGAGCUUGAAUCGAAGGAAACCUUGCUCAGAACAUAAAAUGAAGGAGAUAACUGGCAGUGGGAUCUUUUCUCGUAACGAAGAAGAUGAUGCAUCAGAGCCAUUACCGGUUUAUCAGCAAGCACUUAGUGGUAUAAGCCAGAUAUCAUUUGGUGAGGAGGAAGAUCUAUCUCCUAAAAAGCCAGCUACUGUACCUGAAGUCGCCAAACAGCGAGAGCUCAGUGGGACUAUGGAGAAUGAUUCAGCUAAUAAGCUGAAGAAGCAGCUCUCUGAUGCUAAGUAUAAAGAGAUCAGUGGACAGAACAUCUUUGCACCACCGCCUGAGAUCAAACCUAGAUCUGGAACAAAUCGUGCAUUGGCUCUUAAGGACAAUUUCAACCUCGGAGCUGAAUCUCAAUCUGCUGGAGAAGAGUCAUCUGUGAAGACAGCAAAGAAGAUUUAUGACAAGAAAUUUGCAGAACUUUCAGGGAACGACAUAUUCAAGGGCGAUGCGGCAUCAUCUUCUGUUGAAAAGCAUCUGAGUCAAGCGAAGCUAAAGGAGAUAGGAGGAAACAACAUAUUUGCAGAUGGGAAAGUAGAGGCAAGAGACUAUCUAGGCGGUGUCCGUAAACCACCAGGUGGUGAGACAAGCAUCGCCCUUGUUUAAAACCCUUUUUUUCGGUAACAACUUAACUCUUUUUAAACCGCUAUUGAUCGGUGUGUGUUCUUGUGGUUUCCCAUACACUUCAGCUCAAAGUGCGAUUUGUAUUAUGCAGUUUUCUUAGUUAUGGUUGUUAUUAAUAUUAUUAUUUCAGUUGUGUUUUUCAGCCGUUAGGGCUUUCUAAUGUUAGUCCUGUAAUAGCAUUACUACGGGACAGAGGGUGUUACUUGGCUGAGGAGUUAUUGUUUUUAUUUUCCGGGACUUGCCAAACUGGGGAACCAAAGUAAUUUGAUAUGUAAUCGUUUCUA